UUCACUUAUUAAACUUCAAAUUGUAAACAAACAACAAAGUUCUGUUUGUAGCCGCACAUGUUCAGUUUAUAAAUUGUCGAUAUUUUUAUUACUCGUUGAUUAUAAUUUUUAAAUCAACUUUUGAGUUGGUUUUAAAACUAUUUCUAAAAUGCAUCAACUAUAUGUUUUAUAUGAAGAUGCAACUGGCUACGCGUUAUUUCGGACAACAGAGUUUGAAGAAAUAGCAACUUUUUUACCUCAAGUUCAGGAUAGUGUCAUUGACAUAAGUAAAUUUCGCAGUGUCGUUUUCCUUGUCGCCUUUCAAAAAUUUGAAACAUGGAGGGAAGGAUUGGAGAACCUAAAGUGUGUUUCUACAGGUUCUCUGCACAAAGAUCUGCAACUUUUUUUAGAGAACAAUGUGCCUAAGUCCAAAAAAUCUACACAGCGUGUAAUGCUGGGUGUGCAAGAUCCAGCAUUAGCCACUGAAAUAAAAGACACUCUGGGUCUUAAUUGUUCUUCUUCUGGAGCUGUUACUGAAAUUAUUAGAGGUAUACGGAUGCAUUUUCGAAAGCUGAUGAAGUCAUUUCAUGAUGAAAAUACAAUUAUGAAAUCAAAACUUGCCAUGGGUCAUCAUUUUGCUCGAGUUAAAGUAAAUUUGACAAUAAACAAAGUUGAUAACAUGAUUACUCACGGCUUGAACGUUGUCGAUCAAUUGAAAAGGGAUGUAAACACUCUUGCUCUUAGAGUUCGAAGACUUUAUGAUUGCCAUUUUCCGGAGCUUUUUAAGCUUGUUCCUGAUCCCCAGCAGUAUAUUAUGUGCGUGAAGGUAAUAAAAGAUAGAAAAAAUAUGCCUGAAAAUAUUGAAGAACUUCUGCAAUGUGUUUUGAAAGAUGAGAAUAAAGUUGAAAACGUUCUUAAAAAUGCACAAAAGUCAAUGGGAAUGGAAAUUGCUGUGGAAGAUAUGGAUAAUAUAAUUAACAUUGUUGAACAAAUACUUUCACUUAUGAAACAACAAAAUACACAGACUGACUAUGUAAAAUCUAAAAUGCAUCUCAUUGCUCCUAGUCUUGGAAAUCUCAUGGGUGAAAUGGCUGGUGCUCGAUUGAUAAAUCAAGCUGGUAGUUUGACACAUUUAUCUAAAUUGCCUGCAUCAACAGUACAGAUAUUAGGAGCUAAAAAAUCUUUAUUUAGGGCCUUAAAAUCUAAGGAAGCCAGUUCAAAAUUUUCAUCAAUUAGCAAAUCAUCUCUAAUUGGACAAGAUGGACGAAUAACAAAAGGGCGCAUGUCAAGAUUUUUGGCUAACAAGUGCUCUCUGGCAGCACGUAGUGAUUGCUUUAGUGUUGAUCCAUCUGGAAUUCACGGGGAGCAACUAAAAAUUGAAGUUGAAAACAGAGUCAAGUUUUAUGUACGAAAAAAUCCCGAAAAGAAGCAUAAGAAAGGGAGGAAGAAAUCGAAGAAAGUGAAAAUUCCUAUGGAAAUAGAACGGUGAUUUUAAGAUUGAAUUGCAUAUACUCAAAAGACAGUUUUCACUCAAAGUAUUGACUCUUUCGAUUUCAAAAAAUUGGCUGCUGCUCAUACUUCAUGACUUUAAUUAGUCUACUUGAAAUCUAUCACUGUUAAUACAUAUUUAUACUUUUGUAUAUUAAAAUAUUUUACCUUAUUUUCA